AUGUAUGCUGCUCGUGCCGCUAAGCCUAAGCUCUCUCUGAGCAUUGCUGCCACCACUACCUCGAACACAUCCCGCCCGGUUCUAUCCCUCAAGUCCCCAGUUGCCAUGUCCAUGCCUCGGACACCACUCUCUCCGUCUCCUCUGAGUCCAACUGCCCGCAAUACCAAGCUCAACCAGCGCGGGUUUUCCUCUAUGUCACAGCAACCAACCUUGGCAUAUGCAAACCCUACCUCCUCAAGAGGCAUCCUCAAGAAGUCCAACAGCUCGUCAUGCAGCGGUGCUUCCUCCAAGAGAAUCCAGUUCAACGUCGAGCCCACCGUCCACUGUGUCACUCCCAUCGAGAACACGGAUGACUAUUACGGUGGCUAUGUGAAGAUGACAAGAGACGAACGACGAUGGAUGCUCCGUUCUUAA